AUGGCCGCAGGAGCAGCAGUACCAGGACUCUUCUUCGCCUUCGCCGCGAUGGUCCUUCUCAUCUUCGCCUCCAUCUCAUCACCAACAUGGGAGCGCAUCUCCUACCUUGAUGUCCCUACAGGCGCUACCACAACACACUUCGGUGUCUUCGGCUACACGGGCACGAAAGCGCACGUCGGCUGGUUCUUCCCAGGCACCCUAGCUGACAGCCGGUUGAACGGCCAUCUCUUCCACAACCUCACCUCCGUCCUCAUCCUCAUCCCGAUCGCCGCCGGCCUGUCUGGUCUUUCCGUGCUCUUCGGCCUCUGCGGCGCAGCCUACCACCGCGCGGGCACCGUCUUCAUGACCCUCCUCAGCGCCCUCGCCUUCCUCGUCACCCUCGUCGCAUGGGUCAUCGAGAUGGUCCUCUUCGGCGUCGCCCGUAACCACUUCCGCGACCGCGGCAUCGACGCCAAGUGGGGCAACGCGAACUGGAUCGUGCUCGGCGCGCUCGUCGCCCUCUUCCUCGCGUUCUUCGCCAGCCUCUGCGGCUCCUUCGGCCGCUACAGCUACGGCCGCAAGCGCGCCGUCGCGGCGUACUAG